UGUUUAGAUUUAUUCACAUUUUCGUCGCAAUUUCGGGUACAAACAUGAAAGCAGGGUUUCUGCGAAAAAGGAUCGGACUUUUUUUUAACUGAGUGCAAAAGAAGACGACAUUGGAUUUUGGUCGCGGCUUGUCGACUGCAGAUGGGUCUGUUGAUGUGGUGCGUGUUGGCCGUUGGCCUCGUUGGGGCGCAGUGUGGCCGUUGGCAGCCGAAAACGCCGAGGCACGGCGGGGCGCAAAGAGACGCCGCUGGCCAAAAGUACACUGAGGAGGAAGCGGCCAAAUUUUUCGCCGAGUAUGACAUACAAGCCGGGAUUCACGACAACCGAGUCGUUCUGGCUGAGUGGGCCUACGACUCCAACAUCACCGACUACAACCUCCAGCAAAAGCUAACCGUGGCCGCCGAAAACGCCAGAUUUGCGAAAGAUUCGUGGGCCAAACUGGUCAAGUACCCAUGGAGGGAGUUUAAAGACGCCGACCUGAAACGCAAAUUCAAGCUGAGCACCGUUUUGGGCAACGCGGCGCUCUCCGAAGAAGACUUCAACAAGUACGAGUCGAUCGUGAGCGAAAUGCAGACCAUCUACAGCAAGGCCAAGAUUUGCAGCUACCAGGAGGCGGACAAGUGCGACCUUAGCCUAGAGCCAGAACUGACUGAGCUGCUGAUAAAGAGCAGAGACCCUGAAGAGCUGCGUCACAUUUGGAUCGAGUGGCGCCGAAAGUCUGGAGAGCAAGUCAAAGACCUUUACAAGGAGUACGUUGCCCUGAGCAACAAGGCAGCCAAAUUGAAUAACUAUCCUGAUGCUGCCGCCCUUUGGCUCCGCAAUUAUGAAUCCGAGGACUUCCGCGACCAGAUCUCUGUCCUUUGGGACCAGCUGAAGCCCCUGUACCAACAACUGCACGCCUACGUCCGUCGCCACCUGCGUCUCAAGUAUGGAGAGGAGAUCGUCAAACCUCAGGGACCCAUUCCUGCGCACCUGUUGGGCAACAUGUGGGCCCAGACGUGGGGCAACAUUGCCGAUUUCAUGCUUCCCUAUCCCAACAGACAAUCCACCGACGUCACAGCCAAUAUGAUCAAGCAGAAAUACACUCCCUUGAAGAUGUACAAACUGUCCGAAGAGUUCUUCACAUCUCUCAAUUUGACGGCCAUGCCGGAAGUUUUCUGGCAAAAGUCCAUUUUUGAAAAGCCCACUGACGGCAGGGAAAUGAUUUGUCAUGCGUCUGCCUGGGACUUCUUUGACGCUCAAGAUUUCAGAAUUAAGCAGUGCACUCGCGUCAACCAGGAAGAUCUUUACACGGCCCACCACGAAAUGGGACACGUCCAGUAUUUCCUGCAAUACAAGCACCAGCCCAUCGUUUACAGAACUGGCGCCAACAGCGGAUUCCACGAGGCGGUCGGAGAUGUGAUGUCCUUGUCCGUGUCCACACCAAAGCACUUGAGAGCAAUUGGACUCUUGGAAGAACCGUCGAGUGCCGCUGACGAGGUUGCUGCGAGAGAAGCAAACAUCAACCACCUGUUCUCGACCGCCCUCGACAAAAUCGCCUUCUUGCCUUUCGCCUAUCAAAUGGAUUUGUGGCGUUGGGACGUUUUCGAAGGCAAAACCAACCCUGAGAACUACAACUGCCACUGGUGGAAGUUAGCUGAGCAGUUCCAAGGAAUCGAGCCCCCGGUGCACCGAACUGAGGAGGACUUUGACGUCGCCUCGAAAUACCACAUUGUGGCCUCGGUGCCCUACAUCCGCUACUUUGUCAGCUUUGUGAUCCAGUUCCAGUUCCACAAAGGCCUUUGCCAAGUUGCUGGAGAGCUCGAUAACGGAGCCCCGCUGCACAACUGCGAUAUUUACAAGAGCACCGAAGCUGGAAACGUUCUUGGGGACAUGCUCCAACUUGGCGCUUCCAAACCAUGGCCCGAGGCAAUGGAAAUUGUGACUGGAAAGCGCACCAUGGACGCCGGCGCUCUCAGGGAGUACUUUGCCCCCUUGGAGGAGUGGCUAAAGGCUGAGAACGAACGGACCGGCGAGUACAUUGGAUGGGUCAAGACUGAUAAGUACUGCGUGCAGACGAGAGAUGAGCUGAGCCGAAUCAAGUCCACCAUUUCGCAGAGAGACGUAGCAGAAGAGCUUAACUGAAGAAUCUCAUAAUUUUAAAAUAUGUUCAAGAUUGAGUGCGUGUUUUAUCUUUUUCAUCUAUUGUGUUUGUCCGCUUUUUGCUCAAUAUCAAAUAAAUUUUAAUCAAAUCAA